AUGACCAACACAAAACAACGAACCAAAACCCUCUUCCACUCUCAUCGGAGAAGCAGCCUAUUAUUUCUUCUUGCUUUCACAUUCAUGUUACUUUCAACUUGUUUACAUGCCAUUCAAAUUCCAACCAAUCACCCAUCGACAAUGCCAUCCAAGUCAACAACCAUUCAAGAACAUCCAUCGACGUUGCUUCAAUCGAAUCAUUUAAGACCAAUUCGAGAUCGAAAACAUCGCAUGAAUGAUAUUUGGGAUAUUUUGAUUCAAUAUUUAAACAAGUUGAAAAAUAAGAAGAAGAAUUCCCAACCAUCGAUAAAGAGUCCAAAGAUCAUAAAAGAAGAAACAUUACUUGCAGAUCAUCAAUUGAAAAAUUUUCAAAUUGCUCGAUGGUUGAAAAGUGAUCUUCAGACAACAAGAAAAUCAUCACUUGAAACAUCACAAGCAUGUCAAAAGUGUCUCAAUGCUUGUAUUCAAGAGAAGAGAGGACCUGUAUGUUAUGGAAAUUGUGCAUCGAAACCAUUUUGUCGAUUUGAAGAUAUUAGCUUGGCUCCCAAUUUGUUUAAUCAUGAUUAA